UUGCUUCUUCAUUUCACCAACAUUUUCUUUCAAGAUUUUCGAAAAAAUUAGAAAGAAAAAUGAAGUCUGUUUUAUGGUUUAUUGGAUUAUGUUAUGUUUUGAUUAGCCAUGGAGUUGAAGCUUCUCAUAAUAUUUACUUGCAUCUUCAAUCAUAUCAAACCAACACCGUUCAUCAACCUUACAGAACUGGUUAUCAUUUCCAACCUUCCAAGAAUUGGAUGAAUGAUCCUAAUGGACCUAUGGUUUACAACGGAAUCUACCAUCUAAUGUAUCAAUGGAACCCUUUGGGUCCAGUAUGGGGUAACAUAGUAUGGGCUCAUGCAACAUCGACCGAUCUCAUAAACUGGCAACACCAUAAACAUGCGAUUUACCCUUCCGAAUCAUUUGAUAUCAAAGGUUGCUGGUCAGGUUCAGCAACAUUUGUACAAGGAAAACCGGUUAUUCAGUACACAGGAAUCAUCGAGUCAACUCAAUGGAACUACCAAGUGCAAGACAUGGCAGUGCCUAAGAAUUUAUCCGAUCCUUACCUUACAGAAUGGGUUAAGCCAGCUGAGUACAAUCCUGUAAUGAAACCCAUUGAUGGUAUCAAUGCUAGUUCCUUCAGGGAUCCAACUACUGGCUGGAAAGGUCCUGAUGGAAAAUGGAGAGUGGUAAUUGGAAGCAAAAUCGACCGUGAAGGAAUGGCGAUUUUAUUCCGAAGUGACGAUUUUAUUCACUGGACUAAAGCAGAACAACCUCUCCAUUCAGGAAAAGAAAUAGGAAUGUGGGAAUGCCCAGAUUUCUUUCCAGUGGCUGUUGAUGGGAAAAAGGGUCUUGAUACUUCGGUUCUCGGUCCUAAUGUUAAACAUGUUUUUAAGGUGAGCUUGGAUGACACCAAACAUGACUAUUACACAGUCGGUACUUACAAUCCUGUAACAGAUAAGUAUACUCCAGAUGAGGGAUCUGUUGAUAAUGAUUCCGGUUUGAGAUACGAUUACGGGAAGUUCUACGCUUCAAAAACGUUUUUCGAUAGUGAAAAACACAGGAGAAUAUUGUGGGGUUGGAUAAAUGAAUCUAGUAGUGUAGAAAAUGAUGCUGUAAAGGGUUGGUCUGGAGUGCAGGCGAUUCCUCGAGUUCUCUUGCUCGAUAAAAGCGGGAAGCAGUUGAAGCAAUGGCCAGUAAAAGAGCUAAAUGAACUCCGAGGUGAAAAAGUUUAUUUACAUAGUACAUUUCUUAAAGGAAGUUCAGUAGUGGAAGUUACUGGCGUAACAGCUUCACAGGCAGACGUAUUCGUCAAAUUUAAACUACCGAAGUUAGAAGAUGCAGAAACUUUUGACUCAAGUUGGAGUAACCCACAACUGCUUUGUAGUUCAAAACCAGCAUCAGUUCAAGGGAAGUCAGGGCCAUUUGGUUUAAUUGCUUUGGCUUCUAAGAAUUUCGAAGAACAGACGGCAAUCUUUUUCAGGAUAUUCAAUAACCAAAACAAAUAUGUUGUGCUCAUGUGCAGUGAUCAGAGCAGGUCAUCCACGGACGACACUAAUGACAAAACCGCUUAUGGAGCUUUUGUUAACAUCGAACCUAAUCAUGAUAAGCUAAAUAUAAGGAGCUUGAUUGAUCACUCUAUCAUCGAGAGUUAUGGAGUUGACGGAAAAGCUGUUAUAACAGCUAGAGUUUAUCCAACAAUUGCCAUUGACACUGGAGCUCGGCUUUAUGUAUUCAACAACGGAACUCAAGAUGUGAAGAUGUCUAGUCUAAAGGCAUGGAGUAUGAAGAAAGCUGAUAUCAGAUAUUUAGAGGAUUCAAAAACUUCAAACACUUAAAGUCUUAAGGCCGUAGCCGAGUGUUUGGGCGCCCAAGCCGAGAUUUUGCGGAAUGAGGCCCCUUCUACAAGUAUAUUGAUUUAUCGAAUGUACAUGUAAUAUAGUGCUAAAAUAAAAAUUGAUGGCCUGAAGAACUUGGGGGGCAAAAUGUAGCUGCAUGUAUCCCUCUAGCUGCCUCGCAGCUUGUAUAACAUAUUAAGCCCCACUUUGGGUUUUUUCUGUUUCUUUAAUUGGAAAAUGUGUUGUUUUUGAUCAACAUAUUUCUUCUUUUAUCGAUCAAGAAAAUGUUUCAUU